GAGUAACAAACAUUACUGAAUAUCAGUCAGUCAGUCGGUGUUAACUCUUCAAUUACAUACGUACGAUAUAUCUGUAUUUAUUUGUCAAGUGACUAAUAAUUUUUAAUUUAGAGCCAAACUUGUUGGAAAAUAUUAUGACAUUCUCAGAGGAUAGUGAGCUGACACCGGAGUAUCAGCAUGCGUAUCGGCGUUCGCUAGAGGAUCCCGAAGGAUUCUGGUCUGAAGUUGGGAAAGAGUUGGAGUGGACUAGACCUUGGGACCAAGUUCUGGAUGAUAGCAAUCCACCUUUUACUAAAUGGUUCGUCGGCGGUGAGAUGUCCGUUUGCUACAACGCCAUCGACCGACACGUGGCCAAUGGCAAGGGAGACAGGGUUGCCUUGGUGCACGACUCCCCACUCACAGAUACCGUCAAGAGGAUCACCUAUGCAGAGUUACAGGAUCAGGUAGCACGCUUGGCUGGCAAGUUGAGUUCGUUGGGAGUGAGGCGAGGUUCAAGGGUCAUCAUCUACAUGCCGCUCAUACCCGAGGCGGUGAUAGCCAUGUUGGCGACUAACAGAAUUGGAGCCAUACAUUCUGUGGUCUUCGGUGGUUUUGCUGCCAGGGAGCUAAGAACAAGAAUAGAGCACGCAGAACCCGUGGUGAUCAUAGCAGCCAGCUGUGGAGUCGAGCCCAACAAAAUUAUUAGGUAUAAAGAUAUAUUAGAUGAGGCGCUAGCGCAAUGCUCUCACCAACCGACGAGCUGCAUUAUCUACCAGCGUCGUCGAGUGCUGGAGUGUCCACUGGAGAAGGGGAGGGACAUUUGCUGGGAGGAGGCCAUGACCAGCGACCCUAUACCCUGCGUCUCCACUGAGGCCAAUGAAGCAUUGUAUAUUUUGUAUACAUCAGGUACAACGGACGCUCCGAAAGGUCUCCAGCGGCCGUGUGGCCACGCCGCCACACUGUCCUGGUCAAUGCACGCAAUCUACGGCCUCUCCCGCGGAGUGUGGUGGGCUGCCUCUGAUCUGGGCUGGGUCGUGGGGCACUCCUACAUCUGCUACGGACCCUUGUUAGCUGGGCUCACGUCUGUGUUGUACGAAGGAAAGCCAGAUAGAACACCGGACCCUGGACAGUAUUUCAGGAUCAUAGAACAGCACCGAGUCAACGCACUGUUUACAAUACCCACAGUGUGUCGGGUGCUGAAGCGAACUGAUGCAGCAGGCAAGCAUGCCCGGAGAUACUGCAUCAAGAGCCUCAAGACAGUGUUCGUGGCUGGAGAGCAUUGUGACCAGGAGACCAGGCAUUGGGCCGAGAGAACAUUUGGUGUGCCGGUGUUGAACCACUGGUGGCAGUCAGAGUCCGGGUCCGCCAUCACGGCUGCGUGUCUGGGGUACGGAGUCAAAGGGAUCCUGCCACACUCUGCUGGCUACUGUGUGCCAGGAUACGACUUGAGAGUACUCAGAGAAGACGGUUCAGAGUGCACGUCGGGUGAAGUUGGGAGACUGGUCGCCAAAUUGCCAUUACCACCAGGAUUCUCAUCUACUCUGUGGAGGUCUGAUGAGAGGUUCAAGAAGGUGUACUUCGAAACCUAUCCAGGUUUCUACGACACACAAGACGUCGGCUGGAUCAGCACCGAGGGUGCGGUGUGGGUGGUGGCGCGCGCCGAUGACGUCAUCAACGUGGCAGGUCACCGGCUGUCCACCGCGGCCAUCGAGGACGUGGUGCUGAAGCACGUGCGCGUGGCAGACGCGGUGGUGGUGGGUGCACCAGACGCUACCAAGGGAGAUGUGCCGCUCUGCUUGUACGUCAUGAGGCCGCCGCAGGAAGGAGAAGAGAUGGUAUCGGAAGAAACCAUUAAUCAGGAACUAAUAGCUUUAGUUCGUCAUCUCAUUGGUCCGAUAGCAGCGUUCAGGAAGGCAGUCGCAGUACCAGCUUUGCCGAGAACUAGAUCGGGCAAGGCGCUCCGAGGAGCCAUCGCGAAGAUGGCCAGAUCUCAGCAAAUAAAACUCCCCGCGACAAUCGAGGAUGCCUCAGUCUUCCCGGAAAUUAAAACGGCUUUACAAAAAUGUGGUUAUGCUUUAGAUGCUCCAGAUCCUGAAGUCUCAUAAGUUGGGUGUAGUUUAGUAUUUAAACAUCAUUAAAGAUUACUUUGAUGCAAAAGUCUUCACGAUUGUAGUCGUGAUAAGUGUUUUUUGUAGAUUUUAUAAAAGUGGUAUUGGCACCGAAUCAUAAGAGCACCCAUUCACCAUAGAAAUAGAUCAUAGACUUGCAUUCUGAAAACUAUCAUGAUAAAUAUCAUGUUCUAUACUAAGGCCAACGAGACCAGAUAAUGAAUGUAAACAAAUAGACCAUUACUGAGUUACAUUAUACCUACUGAGUUAUAUUGUGGUAGCGAGUGCCUAUUAUAUUAUCUCUGUCUCUAUCACUCGUACCGUUGUACGCAGUAGCAGUCAGUUGGUCGACGACAGCGGUGGUAGUGAUACGUAUUUUUUCGUUUCCGUUUUUACUUAGUUUUUGUUAUUACCUAAACAAAAACUAAGUAAAAACACUUAUACAUUACAGUUGAUUUUUGCUGUUAUUGUGAGUAGUUGUUGAUUUUAAUUAUGGAAUCACAGCCUGGCAACUCUAGACAACCUUUGAAACAGCAAAUCUUUUCAAUAUUCAAAGAUAUCGAUAAUAGUGUUUUGAACCCCUUUGUGUACAUUCUUUAUCUCUUGUUUGCCUUACUAUAUAAUAUUAUCCUUUAUUCCAUUUCAUUUAAGUAUUUUAAUUGUAUUAAAUUAUAUUUGCGGAUAGUUGUAAUGUAAGUUAUUAGUAAUAAUAAUUGUUUUAGUAAUAUCAUAGCUAAUACAGGUACAUUGCUAAGUACCUUUAUUAUGUCACUUCUAUCAAUACUAUUUUACUAUUAUUCCACGAAAUAUUUACUUACUAUAUAGUAUAAUAUAAAUAUGUGUCAUUUUAUAUCUGGUUAACAUCUAUAAUAAUAUUUAUUAUAUUUUAUUUUGGUUUUUUGUGUCUUUGUGAGGACAUUAUCUCGGAACCACUCAUUGAAUUGAAAAAUCUAAUUGAAACAAUUUUUGUUGUAAAGUUUAGUGCGUAUUUCAUCAAAAUCAGACAGGCCCACACAUCACAAUAAAUUAUUUUUCAAUAUUCUUGUGUGUUCUAGAGUCAUGCGUACGACGUAUUUCUAUUAUUCAUUUAGAUAAUCUAUCCCUUUUUCCUCGAAUGAUUAAACUCUCGACUCCAAAACAUGCUGCAUCGACUCAUUGCUGUUUACACAUAAAUAACAACGGGGGUGUCACUAAACAUCGCCAGUAGUUUUGGCAAACCAACAAAAUAAUUGGUGUCUCUCGUCAUUAUGACCUUCAACGUAUUAUUGAAACAUACAGCGCUUAACUAUGUCCUACAUGUAGUCCAACAAUAUAAAUUAGUUUCUGGUAGUGGAAAAUAAUGUUAAAUUAAAAACGGAUGAUUAUUCUCCGUUGUAUAACCCCCGCGCAUUGGAACAGGGACGAGAACUUUACAUGUCAGCAGGCUGUCCGAUUUUGAUUGGUGAUUUUUGACGUCACUAACAUGGCGGAUUCACCGCAUUUCAAUGCGCGGGGAUUAUAAUCAUUACAAAAAUAAGCAUUUAAGUCCGUAUUUCAGAAGGAGUCAGUACUUACGUAAUCCACGAAGAAGAAGAUGAAGUGUAUUUUGUUACUGUCUUUAAGACUGCUUUUUGAUUUCUAUAUAUAUAUGAGACUCAAUACAUAUGAACACGAGACGCCUUUUGGAAUAUAAGCCUUAAUCCUAAUAUUUUAUAGCGUAAGUGACUUCAUUUGUUAAUAAAGCUUACGUAGAAAUCCGUGCUCUUUAUUAAAUAAUGGGACUUGGACGAAUUAACCAGGGACACGGAACCCACGAAGAAUGUAUGAUAUCACAAUUCACAAUCGAUUAAUUUUCGAGGGUUGAGGGAGAACUACAAUGAUUGUCAAAUAUUGACAGUUGUGUUUCAAGCUAGGUAUACAUAACCCAACUAAAUAACAUAUUGUACGAUUAUAGGUUGUUUAGAAAUUGUACUUACACGUGAAAAGACACAUACUUCACGCUAGCUUUUUACGCUAUUAUAUUAUAAAACAAAACAGAGCAUUUGCCCAUUUUUGUGAUCACACUUCUAAAACUCGCGUCAUACGGAGAACGCCAUAUUGCUUACUGAGGCUAUUAGCCUCAGUAGGUGGCUAGAGUAGAGCAGUUAAGGCGAAGAGUAAGCAGAAAACACGCAAACAUGGUGUUUUUAGACAAGUUUUGUGGUGAACACUACUUUAAAGACUUAAGGGUAUGUCUAACAGGAUUACUGUUACACAUACCCUUAAGUCUUAUUUGUAGGUUGCUAAUGCUUGCUGUUGGUUAUAGUUAACAUUGUCGAGCCUUUUUGAACUACCACUUUUCUUUGAAGUUCAACAAGUUUUUUGGCAUGGCGUGACGCAUUUUUUUGGUACUUCUCUCAGAAAAGUUAUUCUUAUAGCUUGUACUUUUUUGUGUAGGUUCAUUUAUUAAGAUUGGUAGUGAAUAACGAGAAUUGUAAGCAUAUAAACUGUUUUCCACGGAAGAAUUUUGAAAAUAUUGGCUUCGUUACAUAGAUGGCGGGCCGGCAGCCGUGAACUCAUAUCGCUCAAGGUCGCUGGCAUUUAGUGUCGCCUUAAGGCGAUCAUGGGCCUAGUUACGCGGCCAGUGGUUAAUUCGUCCAAGAUAUGGGAUCAUUAAACAUAGAACAAAAUAAGUAAAUCAAUUUAUUAUUAAUGUAGCAUAUUUUGAGUAAACCAUUACUUGCGCAAAACUUUAUGAGAAUAAUGAAAUAAAUUUACUUGAAUCUAAA